AGCAACAGAGAUGUAUUGGCUGUCCAGAUGUGCAAGGAGGAGACUGCCUAAAAAGAGGGUAUAAAUAUAUGGGCCUGUGUAAACAUGUCUUUGUCUUUUCAGCUGUUUGAACCAGUGGGUGAAUAAACUUGGUUUUAGCUUUGACUGGUUGUCCGUUAGUUUUUCACUGUUUGUCAGAACCUAACAAAGCAAACAAAGAAAGGCACACAACUACAGAGGAUACACAUAGGUAAAUUGAAGAGUUGCAUAAUCUUUUUUUAAUUUUAUUUUUUAUUGACCUUGGGCAUGUAGUCGGAGCUGAAUUCCACAAAGCCUUGUCUCUGCUCCACUCCGUUGGUGGAGUUUAUAAGAAAAUCCUUCACCAUGGAAUUGAGUUUAGUCAGCUAAAUUGAACCCUGACAACCCCUGACAACUCAUAUCAGUACCACCAUCAUCAUAGUCAGAGGCCUCAGGGUGCGUUUGCCACCGCUGUGUGAGCAAACAAUGACGGAGGACAGGUUGAAGGCGGACCCCUCCAAGCGGGAGGGGCUGGACUCAGGAGAGGGAGACACAGAGCCUAGCCUCCUGCUGCAGAAACUAAAGAGCAACAUCUCUAAGAAUGUACAGGGCAAAGUGGACGUUAUCCUGCAAGAUGUGCAGCGCUUCUCUGACAACGACAAACUCUACCUUUACCUCCAGCUGCCUUCUGGCCCCAGUUCAGGGGAGAAAAGCAGCAGCAGUGACCCCAGUUCCUUCAACACAGCUGACCAGCUGCACACCUGCAACUGGAUCCGCAGCCACCUGGAGGAACACGCAGACACCUGCCUGCCAAAGCAAGACGUCUACGAGACAUACAAGAGAUACUGUGAAAACCUGCAGCACCGGCCUCUGAGUGCUGCCAACUUUGGGAAGAUCAUCCGUGACAUCUUCCCCAACAUCAAAGCCCGGAGGCUCGGUGGCAGGGGACAGUCCAAGUAUUGUUAUAGUGGAAUCCGCAGGAAGACGGUGCUAAACAUGCCACUGUUGCCAAACCUGGACCUGAAAAACGACCCAUCGGAGCUGACGGAGCUGGUGCAGACCUACAAGCAAGAGGUGACGGAGGCGGCUUGUGAGCUCAUCUGUGAUUGGGCCCAGAAGAUCCUCAAGCGUUCCUUUGACACAGUGGUCGAGAUCGCCCGUUUUCUUGUGCAGGAGCACAUCGUCAACCCGCGCUGCAGCCAGGCUGAACUCGUCACUUCUGCCGUGAUGACAGGAGGUCCUGCAAAGCCCCACAAGGUGAUCAAGAAGAACCCAGUACCAUCAAAAGGAGGUGGGCCGGAGACGGAAGGGAGCAGCUCUGAAGCUAAGAGGGAUAAAGAAGUUGGGGAUCAGUCGUCACCAGGGAAACUGCAGUCCAGUGACAAGCCAACCAAAGGGGCGGAGUCAGUACGCCCGGGGGGUCGUGACCUGCAGGUGGAGGCUCUGAUGAAGCACCUGCCCCGAAUCCUGCCUCGCAGCUCUGUCCCGGAAAAGUCCCAGCUUUCGGUGCGCUCCUCGCCCCCUUCGCUGGCACCCAAAGACGCAGGCGGCGUAAAGGUCAUCACCAUGACUGCCCUGCCCCAGCAGCAAGGGGGCGCUCUCCCCGUCAUGAUCCUCCCCCAGAGCGUCAGCCUAUCCUACCCCGAUAGGGAAAAAGCCCCGCCGGUUACCAUGGCGCCUGUGGUACCAACGUCUGUGGUGCAGAGGGCCCGUGCCGUGACCAAACGGGCCCUCGAGGCUCCGGCUGCAGCCAGCGGGGGCCCCAGGCUGGGAGGCACGCCGGCCAAACGGAAACGAGGACGACCCAGGAAGCCACGGCCAGAGGACACCGCCCCUCCGCAACCGCAACCGCCCCCUCCGCCCCUACCCUCGGUCAACCAAGCCCCUAUCAUGAAGUCCCUCACCGGAGGGGUGAUCCAGAAAGCUUGCUCUUCCUCCUCCUCCUCCCAGGUGGUGGAGGUCGUGUUCCAGGACCAGCAGGCCGUGCAUUCGGUAGCGGACACUGGCGACCCAGAGCACCGGGGCGUGGUGCUCGAGUCUGAACCACGGCCCCUGCUGCUGCUGCCAGGGACCAGCCACGCAAACUGGGACAUGAGCAGGGCCAUGGUAGAGGUCAUCCAGAGGGCCCCGAGACCACCCACCACCAAGAACAACAACAACUCCCAGUCUACCCCCCACCACCGCCUGCCCCUGCCCACUUUGCUGGAGGGUCGAGGUGAGGUGGAGAUCACCCUCACCCCCAUGGAGCCUUCGGACGAUCUGCCGACCCCCACCGCCCAGGGUAGCUCGGAGGGCCACCCCGCGCCCGAUGACAGCUCUAAGGUUGAAAGACCCUAGCCCUCCCAGUCCCGAGCCUCACCCUCCUUGUCACUGAGACUAGGGAGCACUAAGCGACGUUAUACUAUCCUCAGGGUGAGGAUAACCACCCCCAAUCCCCCAUUCAUCUUCUUCCAGGUAGCAAGCUUCAUCUUGCUCCACACAGUCCCUCUCCCAUCUUACCGAUUGGUGGAAAUCCGAGAUUGGCGGCGCAGAGAGCCAAGAAGGAUCGAUGAAGCCAAACCACUACUAACCCAUGUUGACCUUCCAUUAGCCCUUGCAAUUGACAAUGUAAAAAGAGCCAUUGAUAACUCUUUGCUGUGACGCUAACUGCAUGUUUUUCUUUGUAAUUGUGAGCGAAGCGAUAGAUAAAGGCGGCUCCGUACUCCUGAGAUCGGAUUUCUUGUAGUUCUGAUGAUGAGGAGGGGGUAUUUACGGGUUCGGACCAUACGAGGUUCUAAGUGCUACUCUCCCUGAGAGGAACUCCCCUCAAAGCGUUCCUUUUUAUAUCUUUGGUUGUGUUAUGUUGAUGUUUGUAGUUGUGCUUUCAAAUAGACUUCCAGAGUAAAGGCGUCCGCAUGCUUUCCAGACGAAACAGUUUGGAAGAGUUUGUGCAUAUUUUAUGAUGGCAUUUUGUGACGUUUUUUGUUCAUUUUGGACUUCGGUAAGGUUUUUUUCGGCUGUUCGGGCACACUAAGACAUUUCUAGAGGCAAGCGGAAGUCGGUAGCCGAAGUCCACAGCCCUUUAUCAGUGAUUGGUCAACAGUCGGGAUUUUUCAAUAAAGUAUUUGUU